AUGGUCUCGUUCAAAGAUAUCCAAACCUCCAACGCCCUCAUCAACGAUGCUACAGCCCCGCGCACCGCCGUCUUUGCCGGCGGUACAUCCGGCAUUGGCAAAUUCACCCUCCAAGCCUUGAUCGCAAAAGGAACUAGUAUCAGAGUCUAUCUCGUCGGCAGAGAGAGCGCUCAACAGCGUACAGAGACUUUUAUACAGGAGAUGCAUGCUGUAAAUCCCAAAGCUGAAAUCAUCUGGGUCCAAGGCGAAGUAUCGCUUCUCUCCGACACAAAGAAAGUGUGCGAGGUCAUCAAAAGCAAAGAGAAGAGCGUUGAUCUGCUCUUUCUCUCAACGGGCUACGCACCUUUUACAGACCGGAAAGAUACAUCUGAGGGCUUUGACAUCUCUCAAACUCUGAGAUAUUACUCGCGCAUGUUGUUUGUUCUACAUUUGCUUCCUCUUUUAAAUGCAGCUGAAAAUCCUAGAGUCAUCAGCGUUUUGGCUGGUGGUAUGGAACGCUCACCUGUACGACUCGACGACAUCGACCUCAAGAGGCCAGGGAAUUUCAAUUUUGUUGCAGCUCAUACACAGGCCGCAGCCAUGAGCACUCUAUUUCUAGAACAGCUAGCCAACGAAAACUCGAAUGUCACCUUUCUUCAUUCUUAUCCUGGCUGGGUCAACACCGGCAACGUCAGAAGGGGUUUAGAUCCUGACACGAUUCUUGCUUGGAUCAUCUGGCUUCUUCUUGAACCACUGAUUGCGAUUCUUUCAUUUAGUGAUGAAGAAUCUGGACAGAGACAUUUGUUCCAAAGCACGAGUGCUGCGUUUGGAGGGAGAGGCACGACAUGGAGGGGACAAACCGGAGUUAAUUCUCAUGGAGAAAAGGAGACCGGACUGUUUCUUGUCACCAGUAAAUGUGAUUGCACCCUGAAUUCAAAGACGGUUGGCAUCUUACGAGAGACGGCACAGAAGAGAGUCGUUGAUCACACCAAGGAAGUUUUGACACCUUUUCUUCGAGGGCGAUGA